UGUGUAUUGCGGAAAUGAGGUGAUAAGCCAAAUGUUGCUCAUGAAUUUCACGAGGAACGGAUGAAAGACGGUUUCAGUGGAAAGGUUGCUGUUCAGCUGAUGAGGGCUUGCCUGUUCAGCCCUGUGUGUCACCCUCCGUUGCCAUGGCAACACCGUAUUAUCCCACAUUCCUGGUCCUUCUUUUUGUUACCUCCAUCACUCUCUUACUUCUGACUCUCCUGCCCUCUGUUUCCCCAUCUACCUCCUCUCCCCCCUCCUCUCCCCCCUCUCCUUGGCCCUCACCCUCCUGCGGCCUGGGUCAGUCCUGGGCCGUCCGGCUACACUCUGACCCAGAUCAUGAGGAAGAAGACGGUGAACUGAGCUCUGUGAACCUGGAUGUGAUAGCAAACAGGGUAGCAGAGCAGGCUGGGCUGAAGAACCAGGGCCAGGUUGGACAGCUGAAAGGCCACUACCUGCUGUGUUCUGAAAAGCCUGGAUCUGUAGCUAGUGUUUGGAGCAGGAGUGUCCGGCCUGGGGACAUCCUGGCAGCCCACCCUCAUGUCCUGUGGUACUCUCAGGAGCGAGUGCUGAGCCGCUCGAAGAGAUCAAUGGCCUUCAACGACCCCAACUACCCUAAACAGUGGCAUCUGCACAAUUUCAGAAGUAAAGGCAUGGAUGUCAACGUGACAGGGGUGUGGGAGCGUAACAUCACUGGCCAAGGAGUCACAGUGGUGGUGGUAGAUGACGGGGUGGAGCACACCCACCAGGAUAUCCAGUCUAACUAUAGUCCUGAGGGCAGUUAUGACUUGAAUUCCGAUGACCCCGACCCCAUGCCUCACCCAGACCCCCACAGCGACAACCACCACGGGACGCGAUGUGCCGGAGAGAUCGCAGCCGUUCCCAACAACAGUUUCUGUGCUGUGGGGGUGGCCUACGGCAGCAAGGUGGCAGGAAUCAGAGUCCUGGACGGCCCACUGACAGACAGCCUGGAGGCCAUAGCCUUCAACAAGCACUACCAGAUCAACGAUAUUUACAGCUGCAGUUGGGGUCCAGAUGAUGAUGGACACACUGUGGAUGGACCCCAUCCCCUGGGCAAGGCGGCGCUGCAGCACGGGGUGAUUGCAGGCAGACAAGGCUUCGGCAGCAUCUUUGUGGUUGCUAGUGGCAACGGAGGUCAAUACAACGACAACUGCAACUAUGACGGCUACGCCAACUCCAUCUACACCAUCACUAUCGGUGCGGUUGAUGAGCAAGGAAAAAAGCCCUUCUACGCUGAAGAGUGUGCAUCCAUGCUGGCUGUCACAUUCAGCAGCGGGGGAAACAAGCUGAGGAGCAUUGUGACGUCAGACUGGUCCAUGCUGCAGGGGACCGGCUGUACGGAGGGCCACACUGGCACGUCUGCUGCGGCCCCCCUGGCGGCAGGAAUGGUGGCCCUCAUGCUGCAGGUCCGUCCCUGUCUCAGCUGGAGGGACGUGCAGCACAUCAUCACCUACACCGCCACCAUGUGUGACAACAGUGCAGACUGGAGGACGAACGGAGCUGGUUUCAACCACAGCCACCAGCACGGAUUCGGUGUGCUCAAUGCGUGGAGACUCGUCAACGCUGCUCAGGUAUGGGAGUCAGUGCCGUUUCUUGUGUCCUAUCAGAGCUCAGUAAUAAAAGAAGAGCAGCGCAUCCCAGCUUAUCCCGGCGAGAUGAUCCUCACCUGGAAAGUCUCUGCUGCUGACCUGAAACACUCUGGAAUGAAGACACUGGAACACGUGGCCGUUACCGUGACGUUAACCAACCCUUGCCGUGGCAACGUGGAAAUCGUGUUGGUCUGCCCCAGCAAUAUGACGUCAGUCAUCGGGGCACGCCGCGCAAUCGACAGAGACUCUUCAGGCUACCAGGACUGGACCUUCUCUACUGUGCGCUGCUGGGGAGAGGAGGCUGAAGGCCAGUACAUCAUCAAGAUAUCUGACCACAAGGAGCCAUCCGUUGAGAAGUGUGCCUCUGUGGGGUUCUUGAAGCAGUGGCAGUUGACUCUGUAUGGUUCCUCUAUGACUUUCAGCGAGGUCAAGGAGAGGCAGAGGCUGGUGGAAGAGGCUAUGAGUGGAAAGUUUCUGGACAGCAGCUUCUCUCUGCCCUGCCCUCCAGGCCUGGACAUCCCUCCAGAAAUCAUCAGCCCCUUCACCUCCAACAGCCUCAAGUUCCUGCUGUUGCUGGGCUGCUUUGCUCUCUUCUGGUCACUCUACUACACACUGGAGGUCACGCUGGCCCACAUGGACCUCAGGGGCCUCCUCUGCCUGCGCAAAAGACGGGUCCAGGGCCAACGGGCCAGGGCGGGGCGCCGGGGGAGAGGAGUGGAGGAGGCAUUGCCAGAGGAGGAGGAAGUUAAGGUGGAAGAGGAGCAGGACUCCGGGGUGGAGUUGCAUGCAGUGUUUGCAUCCGAGACCCAAGUGCCGCUUUUAAAUGGAGACUGGCCGGCAACAUAGCAUUGAGCCAAACAAUGGGGCCAUAUCCCGUCUCUCUCUCUUUGCUCAUUGGACGUCUCAGGCUCUCACUAUCUUCUCCAAACAUAUUCAGCCUCUAGUCAACUGUAUCUGAGGUGCAGAUGGAGUUGACUGAGAAGUGGACCUUUUGUCUGUAUUCUCCAAACACGUGGCCUUUUAUGAAAAUCUUACUUUGCGGCAAUGUGAGUAUGUGUUGGGCAGUGGGUGUUCUUGUGCACCUGUCAUAAUAACUAAGUAAAAAUGAAAUAAGGACAAUCCUUUUUAAAGUGGGGAUAUUAAGCCGGUCCUGGGGUUACAUUUCCCAUCAGGAUUAGGUUUGGGUUAGAGUCAGGCAUGAACUGGAGAGGGACCUUAUAUGGUUUAAAGGGACAAUUUACUUCCGAGUUAAACGAAACAUUUUAAAAUCUGAGAAAAGUCUUGAUGAUUUAAGUAAAUCAGGGCCGCCUUUUAUUAAAAUUGCAAAACUGUAUCAGAUCAUCUGUUUACACACUCUCAUACAACGUUUAAGUUCAGUAAGCAUACUCCAACCUCGUAUUUAACCAGUAUAGCUCACUACUUCUCAAACGCAGCCACUUUUUGAGACCUGUGGAAACACUCCGCUGAACAGUCUUCCCCUUGCACAGGCACACUACUCAUUGUCCAAGUUGGAAGUGUCUUAAAUGCCGCCCCCUUUAAUUUUUUCAUCAAGACCUUUCGCUCUACCAGAACUCAAGGUAACACAGGGUGAGUAAUUGAUAUAGUAUUAUGAGGUUGAAGUGUUCCUUUAACGUGUCAGUACAAUUGCAUGUUUGCAUGCGUGAAAGGGUAAAUACAGAAUGGUCUGUGUACAUGUGUUCCCAUGGAAGAACUGAGCUAAGAUGGGUGGGAUUUACUUCUAGUGGGGGUAAUCAAACCAAGAGAAAGAUGGUUGGUUUCAAAAAAAUGUGGUGUGUGUGUGCACUGUGUGUGUGCACUGUGUGUGCACUGUGUGUGUGCACUGUGUGU